UUGGUUCGGUUCGCAUCAGUCAGUAAUCGCACGUGAAUCUUCGUGGUACCGUAAUUUUUCCCUAUUAUCACUUUGAUACGCACCAUGGCGGCCAUCGAUAAAGAUGCGAUCUCUAAGUCUUACCUCGAUGUUCGGGACGACAAAUCUGAAACAAACUGGGCUGUUUACAAAUAUAGUGACAAGACUAUCGUACACGCCGCAUCAGGAACUGACUACCAAGAAUUCCGUUCACACUUUACCGAGGGUGAACGCGUCUAUGGGUUUGUCCGCAUCGAGACUGGCGACGAACUCAGCAAACGAGCCAAAUUUGCUUUCAUAACAUGGAUCGGUGAGGGCGUUGGAGCACUACAAAAGGCCAAAGUCAGUACUGAUAAGGCUUCAGUUAAACAGGUUGUUCAGGCCUUUGCCGUGGAAAUCUUGGCAAACGAUCCAGAGGAACUCGAUUUCGAUCAUGUAAAAUCAGUUCUCGUCAAGGCUGGUGGAGCGAACUAUGGUACCGGAAAGUAACUCUAGGCCAAAGUCCACAAGCAGAGAAUUUUAUAUGGUUAUCUUCCUUCGUUAGAAUUGAUCAUAUUUCAUUGACAGUAGCUAAAUACCUCAAAAUUUAAUGUAACUACUUCUUAUGUACCUCGAUUUCCUGUGCUGUCCGGAUCAGAUGGAUAAAUGGAACUCUCUUUUGAUUUAAUUGCUGGAUUAACAGAUCUAAAUUGAAGUCGAGCCAGUUCGGCGAAAUUUGAUUGGUCUUAAUGUACAGAAAUGCCUUCGUUUCGAAGAAGAAUAAAAUCUCUGGUACUA